AUGUUUCGUCGAUCGUGCAUCUCGGCGCUCCGUAGAACACGGCUCAACCAUGUUUCUUUGGUGUUUAAGCAGCUUGAGGGUUCCAACCCGUUGACGGUGAAGGACAAGCCCGUGAGCUCGUGGUCGGACGAGUUUAUGAAGCCGCCGGUGUCAAAGGAGAUGAUGAAUACGCACGGUCAGUAUGCGAAGUACUCUGACCCCGCGCUCUGCACCGUAGAUACCUCCUCGGAAGUGGUGCUUAACACCUACCCUGACGGUGCCCCGGAGGGCCGAAUUGAGGCUACGGCGGGGGUCGCCUUGAAGGACUACGAUGCCUCGAUGUGGGAUGAGGAAUUCUUCCGUAAAUACAUCUUAAAGCCAAAGCUGCCUGAAGAACUCGAGGACAGGGCGCGUGUGACGGAUUAUGCACUGAACUCCGCCCUUUUGGGGUUUGUGAUUCUGAUGGCUCGCUAUGCCGUGCUGCCACUCUGGUACGUUGGUCAGCCGGCCAUGUCUAUGGUUGGACAGAUGAACAUUGAGGCCGAGGUGGGAGAGCUAGAGGAGCGCGAAUGUAAAACCAUUGUGUGGCGCGGGCGGCCCAUUUUUGUCUACCGGCGCAGUGCGCGUCAGAUGAAGGAUUUGUCGGAGACACCCCUGAGCGUCCUGAAGCACCCAGAGACCGACGAGGCCCGCUUUCCUGAUCACAGUGACAAGGCUGUCGUCAUUGCCAUCUGCACUCAUUUGGGGUGCAUUCCUAUCGCGAACGAGGGACUUUACAAUGGCUUCUUUUGCCCCUGCCACGGCAGCCACUACGAUGCCUCUGGCCGCAUUCGUCAAGGCCCGGCGCCGCUAAACCUGGAGAUUCCACCUUACAGGUGGAUAGAUGACAACACCAUUUAUAUUGGAAAACUGUAA